AUGGCUGAGUGUCUGCUUUCUUCUGCCUCGGAAAUCAUUGUCCGAGGUAUGUCGCUGGAAUCGGAAGGCAAACUCACACAAUCACUAAUCUGUUUUGAAGAAGGUAUAGGGUUAUUGCUGAAGUGCUUGAAAUGUGAAUCUGAACCAAAUCUGAGAUUGAAACUGAAGGAGAAGAUCGAGGCCUACAUUUCUCAUGGCGAAGAAAUAAAGAAAACAAUUCAGCAGAAACAAAAAGAUCGUAACUAUCAUGAACAUAUUGAGAUAUCUGAUGGUGAAACGGGGUUUGGGUAUCGCAAAUUGUUUAGUCGAUUCUUGGAUGAUGGUAGAGUGACAUGCGUUAACAUUGAUGAUCCCUAUAUAAGGAAUUCGUUUCAGAUCGAGAAGUUCUCUCAUUUUUGUGAAGUUCUUGUUGGAUCUGCGUCUCCUAUACGGCGUAUCAUACUUCAAACCGGAGUCAACUGCGACAAAGCUGAAGAACAAUCAAGGAAGUUUGAAACUCUGAAGCAAGAUCUACUGUUACGUAAAGUUGACUUUACGUGGAGCUUUUCUUCCUUGCUUCACGACAGACAAAUUCGGUUUAACAAUGGUUGGGUGAUCAAAAUCGGUCGGGGUCUGGAUUACAUAAAAAACGAACCUCACAAAUUUGUCGGACUCGGUGUUCACGACUUCGACUUUAGACCCUGCCUACAGACUACCAUUGAUAUAUUCUACGAGGGCGAACCUCCUAUUUAG